AUAAAAAUUAAUAAUUUAAUAUCUAAUGUUAAAUUAAUAAAGGCUUGAUCAAUAAGAAACAUUGCGAAAUGAAUAUUAAUAAACUAGACCUAUUUCUUAACAAUUUGUUUAUACAAGUGGAGUGUAAUAAGUAAAAUAAAAUAAUUAAAAAUGAUAGGUUCCUUUUGUAAAUCAAUAAGUAUAAUAAGAUGAAUUUGUAUUUGAUGGUAGAAAUUAAGCAUUUAAUCAAUAAGGAGUUUAAUUUCCUAAUAAUUUUGUAACCGCUCAAGUGACAAAUUAUCCUACAAUAAAUGUAAAGAUAAUUAAUUUAAUGUUAGCCAUGUAAUCCUUGUUAAGCAUCACCAUUACAUAUGCAAAUAGUAGUUGUAAAUAGAGAAGAAAUAGAAGCACCUUGGAGAUUAGAAUGUGAAUAUCUAUAAUCAGUUAUAACAGAACUUGAAGCUAGAUAAUUAGAAACAAAAAUAGUUGAGAAAGUGAUUGAAAAGGAAAAGAUAGUAAAGGAUACUGAAUCUAUUUCAUAAUUAGAAAAUGAAUUGAAUAGAUUAAGAUUAAGUAAUUAAUAAGAAGUAAGUGUUUUAAGAAGAUAAUUAUCUGAAUUGUAGAUGCAAAAUGGAAAUUUGAAUUCUUAAUUAAAAUAAAAAGAUUAAGAACUUUUACUCCUUAAAACAAGUUCAAGUUCAAGUGAAACUAGAUAUAGAUAAUUAGAAACAGAACUUACUAAUUGGAAGAAUCAAUGCAGAAGCAAAGACUAAGAAUUAGCUAUAUUAAGAAAUUAGAUUUAAGAUAUGUAGGAUGCAAAUAGUCAAUUAGAAAUGGAACUAAGUUCAUUAAGAUUGAUUAUUUAAUAAAGAGAUAAUGAAUUAGAAAAAUAUAGAGUUACUUCCAUAGAAUUAAGAUCUGCAGCUAAUGAGAGUAGAGAUGCAUAAACUAGAAUUAGAGAGUUGGAAUUAGAAGUUGAUAAUUUGAAGAAUCUAUUAUAUUAAAGAACUGCAGAAUGUGAAGAUUUAAGAAGUUAAAUAGCACUUAGCGAUAAAGAAUAUAGUGCAAAAAUUAAUUAAUAUAGAUUCUAAAUUAGUGAUUUAGAGUAAGAAAUUUUGAGAUUAAAAACUGAAAUUGAAAAGUAUAGAUAAUUGUUGGCCAAUAAGGAUCAUGAAAUUGAUGAAUUACAUUUAAGAAUUCAAUAUUUGGAAGAAUAAGGAACUACUGUGGUUUAAGAAAAGGUUACUUUCUUAAGUUCUGAAAUUGAAGUUUGGAAAUAGAAAUUCAUUAAGAUUAAUCAUGAUUAUAAUGAAUGUUAGGAAUAAUUGAUGAUGGCAUAAGCAGAAUUAGAAGCACUUUAGAAAUAAUAAAAGAAAGUAUUCAUUUUAAUAUUUAAUAUUUUUAGGAAGUAGUUGUUGAAAAGAGAACUGUAACAAGAUCAACUGUUGGAAGUAGCAGUAUUCAAAAAUAAUAUUGAGAAUGAAUCAUUAAAUAUAAAAUACAUUAAUAGUAAC